AUGGCGCCUCAUCCCUUGGACACUCCCAGCAUCCAAGUGACCCGUGACACCCAGCAGCUCUUCCCUGGAACCUCGGACAACGGAGUGCUCUGCGCCAAGUCCUCCCCAGCAAGCCCCACUCUCAGGGCGCGGGACUGCGCGGUGAUAGAAGCGAGUGACUGCCGAGGGGCCUCGAGGAAGCUCCGCGCAUGGCGUGGAGGGCGCAGCCGACCCAAGAGCGAGUUGGCAUUGAGCAAGCAGCGACGAAGCCGGCGCAAGAAGGCCAACGACCGAGAGCGCAAUCGUAUGCACAACCUCAACUCGGCGCUGGAUGCGCUGCGCGGUGUCCUGCCCACUUUCCCGGAUGACGCCAAGCUCACCAAGAUCGAGACGCUGCGCUUUGCCCACAACUACAUCUGGGCGCUGACUCAGACGCUGCGCAUAGCGGACCACAGCUUCUACGGGCCCGAGCCCCCAGCGCCGCCCUGCGGGGAGAUGGGCAGCCCGGACGGCGGUUCUACUGGGGACUGGGGCUCCCUCUACUCCCCAGUUUCCCAAGCUGGCAGCCUGAGCCCCACCGCCUCGCUGGAAGAGCUCCCUGGGCUGCAGGUGCCCAGCUCCCCGACUUGCCUGCUCCCGGGGGCCCUGGCGUUGUCAGACUUCUUGUGA